CAGAAAACCUGGCUGAAGCAGCCGAGAUCCACGGGACGCUUUAUAAAGAUGGCGUUUAUUAAAGAGGAGAGUGAAGAUAUAAAGAUCCAAGAGGUGUUCAGCCUGAAGCGAGAAGAUCCUGAGGAACAAACAGAUUCCUGUGAUGACUCUGAGGAUUAUACAGUUGGAGGAAGGAAAAGAAAAAAUGGACGCAGUUGGCAGAAGUGUGUUAAUAAAAGGAGAAGAAUGAUGGGACAAACGUAUGUUGGGAUGAGAGGGAACGAAGAAGUGAACAUGGAGCCCCGGGUGAUGGGACCAAGAUGUCAGUCCGCUGGAUGCGUAAAGUCCUCCAAGCAUCAGUGCAGCGCAAUUGGAGAAGCAGACAGGGAGAACAUUUUUAAAUGUUUUUGGGAGAACAUGAACUGGGAGGAGAAAAAAAUGUAUGUUCGUGGUUUGGUGGAUGUGGUCCCAGUGCAGAGGAAAAGAGGGCGUGACAAUUCCAGGAGGUUAUCUACUCUUGUUUACUUUUUAAAAGUUGAUGGACAGAGAAGAAGGGUGUGUAAAAGUUUCUUUUUGUCAACGCUUGGAUUAGGGGAAUGGUCUGCGCUUAGCUGGGUCCAAGACACAGGGAAUACACAGCAGAACGCAGCAUCGCGCAUCAGAUGUGAGGAUCGUGAGUUCAUGAGGAGUUUUCUGCAGGAACUCCCUAAGGUGACUUCCUGCAACUGCAGGUCAUCGGAACCGAAACAGUACCUGGAGCCAGGAUUUCAGUCCAUGUCUGGACUGUAUAAAGUGUACCUUAGUGCUGCUGAGGAAAAGAUGCUGAGACCCUUCUCAAGACAGGUGUUCACAGAAGAAUUUAAGCAGCAGAACCUGGGUCUUUGCCGUCCAAAGAAGGGCCAGUGUAACCGAUGCUGUUCCUUAAAGACUGGUAACUUGCCAGAUAAUAAGCUGCAGGUCCAACUUCUUAAAGAGGAGGAGCCCUGUGUGGUAAACAUGCAGGACAAAGGUGACACAGCGGUCAAGACCGAAAUUAAAAGUGAAUGGUGAAAAUGCAUUCUGCAUGGUCUUAAAGACCACAUCCUCAAAUCAAAAAUUAAUGAUUAAUUUUUCAAUAUUUUGCUAUCUAUAUGGUCUAGGUGGUCAUACAGCAUAUGCCCGUGUAUAUGAGACAGAUUGUUUGGCUUUCAUAUGAAUUUUUUUUUUAUGAUUUGGUAUUGGUUGGCAAUCCUACUAGAUUCUAACAUUUUGUAAUAAGUAUGUUUGGCAACUUAAUAGGUUGCCAGUCUAAAGAUGUAAAAUUGUUAGACUAACUGAGGUGUUGAGUAAAAUCAAGUCACACAGGCUGUAAUUAUAUAAAUAAAAAGCUUUAUGCACUUGUUUCAA